CUCGCAGUUUAUUACAAAUCACGCUCACAUUCUUUUUACUACCACACUUGACAUCAAAGCAAACAUGACUAGAUCGUACCCAUUCUAUCAAGUCGACGCAUUCACAGAAACUAAACUUGGUGGUAACCCCUGUGCCGUGUUUUUGAAUGCAGACGACUUGAGCGACGCGACUAUGUUGGCAGUAGCCAAAGAGAUGAACCAAUCCGAGUCAGCGUUUGUCGUAAAAUCGUCAGUGGCAGACUUUGGAGCACGAUAUUGGACCACGGCCGAGGAGAUACCUCUGGCUGGACAUCCCACGGUGGCUACUAUCUAUACACUGAUUCAGGCCGGUCUUAUCGUUCUCAACAGUGAACAUAAACGAGUGACGUUGGAAUUGAGAGCUGGUGUGAUUCCAAUCGACAUUUAUUCCGCAAAAGACGGCAAGUUGGAGAGAAUCGUGAUGACCCAAGUACCUCCUCGCUUCCUAUCUGAACAUGAUCCAUCGGUCAUUUGCCCUAUCUUCAAUUUGACACCGGAAGAUCUGAUAGAAGGUGUUCCUAUUCAAACUGUGUCAACUGGCACCCCCCAGUUGAUGAUCCCGCUCAAGUCAGAAGAGAGUCUGCGAAAAGCCCGCAUUUCCGAUAUCGACGCCUAUGUGAAGUACAAAGGCCAAUCUGAUUUCUUCUCGCCUCACUUAUUCAUUACGAAGGGUAUUUCCGAUGAAGCAUCGGUAUUUGCAAGGCACUUUGGAGUUCCCCCUGAUCUUAUGGAGGAUCCAGCCACCGGAUCAGCGACCGGAGGUAUGAGUGCUUUCUUGGUAAAGUAUGGACUUGUGGACAAGACGACCUUCAUUGCUGAGCAGGGUCAUUGGAUGGGACGGCCAAGCACCAUUCAUGUUGAGGUCAUAAAGGAUGAAAAACGGAAUAUCAAGGACGUAAAGAUUGGAGGCACGGCUGUUUUGGUGUUGAAGGGUGAAUUGCUGUUAUAAGAGUUAUGCCUGGUAUUUUUGUGGAUUUUGUUAGUUUGCGACGUGGGUACUGUUCUGAAUGAAUGUUUUUUCCGUUUGUUUGAAAAAGAGAGAGUAUGAUGCUUGCUACCACUUUUUAAUAAAAUGGCUUUUAAUUUUCGUGCGUCUGCAGCCAAAUGUACGACAAUGUAG